CCUGUCGCUCGGGAGUACCUCCGGCCGUCGCGCGGAAACUCGUUCUCCCGGUGGUAGCGCUUAGCGCCAGGUAUCUCCACGUUGAGACGCCAGGCGUCCCUGAAGCGAUCCGUAGUCGUAGUCGGUUGCGCGCGCGACUCGUCAGGAGCUCCCGCGCCCUGAGAGAAAGAGCGGCCGCCAGUGAAGGAGGAAACCGCCAGGUGCGUGGCCACAUCGGUCCGCGUGCGCGGAUUCGCGAAUCGUCGCCGCAGUCGUCGUCGUCGUCGUUGACUCCGCCGCCGCCACCGCCAUCGCCACCACCGCCGCCACCGCCGCCACCGCCGCCGCCGCCGCCGCCGCCGCUGCCGCUGCCGCUGCCGCUACCGCAGCCGCAAAAUGAAAGAAAGAUGUCGAGCUCGCAGCGUAUGCGAAAGUCCUCGCCAUGCUCGAAGCAAGGCCCGAUGCGCGCCACCCUGCCCGUGAGCUCUCUGAUGAGGCAGGGCCGGCAGAGCAGCAGCCUCCGCAAGAGCAACAGCAACAGUCCUACCGUGUCGCCGACGAACGCGGCCGCCUGGCGGGCGCGCAUCUCGCCGGAGACGUCGUCUUCCUCGGGACAGCGGAGCCCCGGAUCCCUGUCCUACAAAGCCAAAUCAAAAACAUUGAGCGGCCGCUGUAGUGAUAGCUUAAGUGGAAACCAGAGCAUUCGACGGACAGCAUCUCUAGAUACUAUCUAUUUGAAAGGACAAUGGCCACGUGACUCCUAUUAUAUGCAUUCCAGUCUUCUGGUAGACAAAUCUACUCAGACGGAAGAAUGUUCUAAUGAGCCAAGAAAGAUGCAUACUCGUCAUCCCACAGAACAAACUGUCACUGAUGAGAAAAUGGAAAAGAAUUACUUCAGGCAUCGAUUACAACGUACAAAUAAAGAAGGUACUAGCAGUAGAGAACGGACAGCGGCUUUUGGACUAAUAAUACCAGGUGGUCCACCACCCGCACUUCCCGGAGAUCAUUCAGUUCUUCUGCCCAGUAUUGCUUCACAGACAUCCAUGCACAAUCAAUUUAGCUUGAGUACAAAAGCAAGUCCCAUGAAUAUCCCAGUGAAACCAAUAAGGCCUCCAAUGCGUUCGUCUAUCGAAGGACUCAAUCAAGAAAUUGAAGGACUUGUGCUCAAAAAUACAGCCAAUAACAGUGAUGCAGACCAUCCUGUAGAAGACAAGUACGCACGAUAUCGCGAGCAUAUCACACCUGAAGGACAUCACGCCCCUCUAGCAGACUUAUUACGGGCUACUCGGAGUGUCAACACACAAACACCGGCUACCGACCUUCCCUCCAGUUCUUAUUCUUCAGGCCCUCCAUCUAGGAAUUCUGAGUCUCCGCUGAUUCCUGGUGUUAUGGAUGCGUCCCGUCCGCCUAGCGAUCUCUUACAAGGUGGAAGCCGUGGUUCAACACCUGAACAAGAUAGAGAAGGACGUCUCGGCACUUCUCCUCACAUUAACAGGUUCCUUGCGAGAGAACCACCCGAUGGCUGUGAGAAAGUCAACCUCAAAUUUGUGGAAGAUGCGAGGCGGCCCAUGAUAGAUUUGAGCAAACUAGAGUAUUGUCCAAAGCCGUGCGUUCCAGCAUUCCAGUUGAAACCCAGCUUGGGAUCAGCGUUCCUGCCAUUGCAACAGCCGGCCAGUCCGACAAUGGUCGCCAGUGUAUCACCCGCGCAUACAACACCGACUACACCUCCUCCAAAUCCAUAGUCCCACUCUUUACCUUGCGGUGUUACACUUAUAAGCUCGAUUAGUAUAUAUACAUAUAUAUAUUUUUUUUUAACGACCUUGUGGGUAGAAAGUGAUUUACUUCGAGAUAAAAGCAUAUAACGACAAAGAAAAGUUACCGAACAAAAGGAAAAGAACAGCCUGUUCCCAGUGCGCUCCGUGCGGGCAUCGUGAAUUGUGUAAUGUUAAAAAGAAGUUGCAAUUGCAUCGAUAAAAAACAAAUUUUGGAAGGUAUUUGAGAGCUCCGUUAUAAUGAUCGAGAAACAAUAAUAAAUACGAGGAACAAUAAUUUGUGAUAACUAAGAGAAAAAAAAACAAAAAGAAAAGAAACGACAAAAGGUUUAGGAAUGAACAUUGUGUUCUACAGGGAAAAAAGACUAAUGAAAUUGUGUAUUCUAAAUUUAGUGCUAAAUGUGCUAAACGACUUUAGUUUUGUAUACACGAAUAAAUAUUCAAGAUGAGAAAAGGUAUUAAAUUUCAUUGUUGAAAUAAACAAAAUUCUACGGAUACAAAGAAGAGAGCACGUGUUCACAAUAUAUAUAUGCAUAUGUACGCAUAUGUAUAUAUACAUUGCUGCUUGUCUCUAUGGUGUUUUAUUAGAAUCUUUAUUGCUUGAAGUAACUCGUUUAUAUAGUGACAGAGAUGAAUCACUUGUUAGAAUUUUGUAUCGUUUUGUAUUAUUACUUGUAUGCUAAAAAUAUUCUCAAACUUAUUGUACAAGGAGCUAAAAAAUAAUGUAUCCUUCUGUGUGUAUGUAUGCGUGCGCACGCGUGUCUUUGUUUUACAAAAAUGGUUUUACAAGAAUGUCGAUUUUUUUAUACAAGACAGAUACGGGUGAUCGUUUGUCGUAAAAAUUUAUUUGAAGCUACAUAUGAAUAAAGUUUAUGGAAGCUUAAUUUUGACAAGCAGAGUAAAAUAAACAAAUUUUAAAACAUCAUCGAAAUUGAAUUCAAUAUUUUGAAGUACUUGAUACUUAUUCAAAGAAUUAAUGUCUCAUUUUUCUCUGUUCUAUCUUGCGACAAUACUAUAAGAUUAUAAUGUUUGGUUUAUCUUAUAUUAAAUUGCAAUCUGAGUAUGUACAAUCCACAAUGCAACAUACAGUGACAGAUUGAUGAAUAUAUGAUAGAAUGAGUUCAACGAGACAUGAGAAUGCGGAGUAUGUAUUGAGUACAGAAACAAUUAGUGAUAAUACUAAAUAUUGAUUGAUGACAUGUGCUUUCACCAAUAAGGUAUCAGAUUUGAGUAAAAACGGUUCCCUAAUCUGGCAUGGAAGACAGGUAUGCGUGUAUUUGUAUAAACGUGGAUAAUUAUGCUGAAAACAUAAUCUGCGUCUUAUACAAGCGACAGUAUGCAUGUGUUGUAAUAUCAGAAUCCCGAUUAAGCCAUUUACACGAAUAACUUUGAAAAGGAAUCUAAAGUAAAAUCAAUUUCAGCGCAUAAGAUAUUUGCUCAAAUAAAAUCCGAUUUUAUCAAUCUUUAUAUCACACUAGGUCAAACAAUUAGUGAUUCAGAUAAAGUCAUUACAAAUUUUAUUGAAGGUGUUUACCGCGUUAAUAAAAAUUUAAAAAAUAAUAAAUUUUUAUUAUUUAACAGUACGAAGGUGAGAGAAAAGAAAGUUAUUCGUGGAGUGGGUUAAAUUAUUGUUUAGUAUACGCAGACAUAGAGCCACUCAAAAAGUUCAAGUUUAUUUUUUGCUUUCUAAUACGAAAAGUUUUUGCAAACGGUUUUUAUAGUUUUAUAGUUACUGUCUGUGGAAAAUAAGAAUCUUGAUAGAGUGUAAAGUCAAGAGCAGAAGAAACGGUUUUUUAAAUACGAUAGUAAUAUACUUUCUAAUAAUGUAAUGUAUAUCUAGCUACAACAGUGAAGGAAAAAAAAGAAUGUUAACACAUAAGUACCUGGCACACUGGUCUAUGCUCUCUCUUAUCCAGCUCACUAGGAAGUUCAUGCCUUAGAAUGCGUGGUAAGGUGUGCUAUAUAGACAGGAAGGUUAAUCAGAGAGUCAGGAUACACACAAAAAGAUACACUGGCUAGUUAAAGUGUAUACAAAGAUACUGUAGUAUUUACUAGUUUAAGAAAACUUUGUUUUUAUUUAUUUUGCUACAGAUCUAACAACUUUGUACCAUCUUUGUCGUAUUAUCUGAGUGUGAAGCAGCUUUUGAAAAAAAAGCGUAUUCAACUACGUACUUCAGUCUGUGCUUUGCACUUUAAACGGAGAAUGAUUCCGACAUGACAUGACGACAAUGUAUAAUUAACAUUAAUGAAUGAAAUAAAAAAAUAGGUUUUCGUACUUUUAAUAAUGAGCAGUAGAUGAAACAGAAGUGAUUUCAGCUAGCCUUGUUAUUUUCGCCGCACUCUGUCAAAAGGCUCCACUUUUUAACCUUCGUGUACUUGCAUAAUGUGUUAUCAUUAUUGUUAGCUUUUGUUGUCAAUUCCUUCAGCAGAGUAACGCGUAUGAAGACUGCUGGAACUGAAAAUAUUACCUGUUAUUUGGAUAUACCUAAAAAAAGAAUCUAACGAUAAAUAAAUUAGGCUCAAAUCAUACCGAUUACCUAUGAAUGAGUAUAAUUAUACUCUUGUAAUUUAUUAAAUAAUCUCUUUACGUCACUAUUGUUCGGUACAUUCUCUCUACAUAUCUAAAUCUGAGCAGGCUUCAGAAACGGCAAAAUGAUUAUGUCAAUUAAAAGUUCAUUUAACCCUAGGACAGUCUAGAUGUAUUGUUGCAGUAUCUUGCACAGAGAAAAACGAUUGUUGAUUGUAUAUUGUAAUUUGUAAGAUGCUCAGAAUUAUACAAACUUUUCAGUACGUAAAACAUGUAUGUUGUAUAAAAUAUCUUAAAAAAAAUUUUAUAUACCUGCUGAAAUUAAAUGCAACUUUUAUUCACUGUUUUAUAAUAAAUAUAUAAAACAUUAUUUAUUGUUUUUUUUUACUCUAUGAGGGCUACUGUCGACCCACUUUCUAGAAUUUAGUACUGCUUGUACUACACGUAAUGUAUUUUCUAAAAUAUCUUAUGUACCGAGCAAUGUAUUACUGCUAUUCAAAUGCAUAUAUAUUUGCUAAAAUAAUCAAAUUUUGACAUUUUAAAUUCAGUUGAAAAUAACAAAACUUACGCAAAUAAGUAUUUUACUUUAUUCUUUAACACAUUUAUAUUAUACUGGCACAUGUGAAAUAUUGAUAAAACAGUUGUUCGCACACAAAUUGAUAAACAAAAUUGAAAAUUCUAUAUUUUGAUUUGUAUAAAUCGCCAACUUGGCCUUAUAAUACUGGAUAUAUUUGAGUUUUUAGAAUAACAAACAUAAUCGUUACAAUUAAUUGCGACAUUCUGAAUAUUCUAGAAGAGUAUCUUACAAUGCUACUUACAAUAUUGCUUUUUAUUCUAUCUUGUUGAUUGAACGGUGUUAGAAUUUAUUUAAUUUCUAGCUGGUCCUAGGGCUAAAUCAAAAUUAGUCAGAGAAGAGAAAUAGAGCAUGUAAAUAAUAAGUUACGCUUCUUGUACUACUUCCGAUACAGAACAUAGUGAUGCAUAUUUUCACAAAAUUAAAUGAAAGUUUAUUGAUAAAGCAACAGCGCGUUGGUCAAUGUACAUAUAUAUAUUACUGUGUACAUAUACAAAAUUAAUUUUGUGCUCAUAUUUUCGCAAUAAUUACUUAUGACUUAUUAACUCAUUCUUUUCGCUUAUAAGAUAUUCUAAGAUUGUUAUAUACAGAACAUUUUUGAAAUAGGUAAAUUUUGCUUUAUAUUUUUAUUUUUAAUUUUUCAACAAUAAUCAUGAUAUAUAUCAUUCUGGAACAACUUUAUAUAUUCUUGUUCGUUAUCACGAUUUAUUGGCUUAUAGUUUUGCAAAUAAAUUUUAAUAUUACGAUACUAUUUCAUCUGAAUAUAAUAUACGAUUAUAAUGAUUAAAUGUCUCUUUUCGCAGUUUUAAUAACAUUUUAAUAUAUUCUCGAUCAAUUAUCACAAAUGUAUUCAGGAAUUAUAUAAAAAUAUAUAAAACAAAGUUAGCAUUAUGAGAAUAUUAGAUACAAAAUUUUGUGCUUUUUAAUAUAUUGAAUAUCUUGAUAUUCUACACGAUUAAUUUCAAUCUAAUUUUUUUUUAUUUUAUCAUUUUUUAGAAGAGACUUUCCUAGGCAGAGUUACUCUCGGUGGUUUGUCUUUUUGCUUUCCGAGAGGUGGCGAUUGCUUCUAAAAUUGAUUAAAAACCGAUUUAGAGUUAUAUUGUUCUGAGUGAAUUUGAACCCGAAUCUUUAGCAUGGAGAGCAAACUCGCAACUCUUGCCACAUCACCACAUCUAUGGAUAUACGCAGAAGAGAUCGCCUACGCGCUGACAAGCGUAUGGCACGCGAAGAAGAAUCAUUUUUUUAAUAGCUAUUUGAAAAAGACAUGGAUGGUUUAAAAAUGCUUACAAUGAAUAUAAUUAUUAUAAUACUGCGAUUGUGAUGUAAUGUAAUUUAAGCUCAUAAUAUUUCGUUCGGCCAUUAAGAUGAACACAUCGACUGUUGCAUGAUGGCUUCAAAAAAUGAUAUAAUUACUACUGAUCUUCAUUCGUCGAUCAUAGGAAAAAAAAGAAACGUUAAUAAUAAGUAUAUUUGUAAUUCAAAGCGUACCAUGCCAUUAAGGAAGAAAGAACUUCUCUCAAUAUGGAAAGGUGAGCACAGCCAAAGUGUUGCCUAGUACAAAUAUAUUGUAAAAAAAUGAAUUGUUGUUUAAAUGAGCCAAAAGUGCUACUUGCGUUUUGCGCAGAUUUAUUUCGAGAUAUACUUAUUGAUAUCUUUGAUCUCAUAUGAGUCCUCUUAUUAUCUUACCUCUCCAUAGUGAGAAUAUUUUAUGUAAGUUAUUAAAAUUUAUAGUUUUUACAUGCGCGAUUAGUUAUAUUGAUUUACCGGCAUAAUAUUAUACGUACUUAUUCCGAUAACAAUAUGCACCUUUAUUUUUGUCAUAAAGGAUAAAUGGAAAAAUGUACCUUUUUAUAUUACUAUUAAGACGCCUUACGUAAAUAAACUUUUUAAAAAACAA